CUGUGUGUGUCUCUUUAAACGAGGACGGUGGGGGUGAGAAUAGAGAUCAAUCGAGUUGUGACGCCGUAAUCCACGGCUAGCUGGACUGUUUGUACAAAUAAACGAAGAACCUGCAUCCCGUGCGAAAUGUCGCCUAAACGGAUAUCGCUAAUUACAUGCUACACUGCAAUGGAGGAUUAUAAAGACAUUGUGCAUCGGCCUUGAUAUCGCGUUUUAUAUAUAUAUAUAAAAAAAACUGCAGGUCCGGGGUCUACGUCUUGCUGUGAGUGGACAGGCAGGUGAAACCAUGCAGGCAGACGAAGGGACUGAGUGGCUCUUGGAGCUGCUGACUGACGUUCAGCUCCAGCAGUACUUCCUGCGUAUCCGUGAUGAACUCAACGUCACACGCCUCUCCCACUUUGACUACGUCAAGACUGAGGACCUGGAGAAGAUUGGCAUGGGACGUCCGGGCCAGAGGAGGCUGUGGGAAGCUGUGAAAAGGAGAAGAGCCCUGUGCAAACGCAAGUCUUGGAUGAGCAAGUCUCUGUGCCUGGGCCAGCAGGUGUUCACAGGGAAGCGACCGGAGUCAGAGUCCCAGGCAUCAGCCACCACGGUCCUGAGGGGCCCCUCACCCACCCCAGGCCCUGGGGACCAACCAGCUGCCCUUACCUGCCUCAUCAGCGAGCGGGACCUUACUCUGUUUGAGAAGCUGGGGGACGGCUCCUUCGGGGUGGUGAAGCGCGGAGAGUGGCAGGCCCCCUCUGGAAGAGUGCUGAACGUGGCCGUCAAGUGCCUGAAGACAGACCUGCUGGAGCAGCCUGAGGGCCUGGAUGACUUCAUCAGGGAGGUGAAUGCCAUGCACUCCCUGGACCACCAGAACCUCAUCAGGCUCUAUGGCGUCGUGCUCACACACCCCAUGAAGAUGGUGACUGAGUUGGCACCACUGGGCUCGCUGCUGGACCGUCUGCGGAAGCGCCAGGGCCACAUCCUCAUCUCGGUGCUGUGCCGCUACACCGUGCAGAUCGCAUGCGGCAUGGCCUAUCUGGAGUCGCGGCGCUUCAUCCACCGCGACCUCGCUGCCCGCAACAUCCUGCUGGCCUCCAACGAGCAGGUCAAGAUCGGAGACUUUGGCCUGAUGCGGGCGCUGCCAAAGAACGACGACCACUAUGUCAUGCAGGAGCACCACAAAGUGCCCUUCGCCUGGUGUGCCCCAGAGAGCCUCAAGACGAGGACUUUCUCCCACGCCAGUGACACAUGGAUGUUUGGUGUGACUCUGUGGGAGAUGUUCACUCAUGGACAGGAGCCAUGGCUGGGCCUCAAUGGUAGCCAGAUUCUCCAUAAGAUUGAUAAGGAAGGGGAGCGCCUGGUGAAGCCAGAAGACUGUCCCCAGGAUAUUUACAACGUCAUGUUGCAGAGCUGGUCUCCCAAACCUGAAGACAGACCUACAUUUGUGGCUCUUAGGGACUUCCUGGUAGAGACAAUGCCCACCGACAUGAGGGCCCUCCAAGAUUUUGAUGAGCCUGACAAACUUCAGAUCCACCUGGACGAUGUCAUCACCAUCAUCGAGGGCAGGGCUGAGAACUACUGGUGGCGCGGUCAGAAUCGGCAGACACUGAAGGUGGGACAGUUCCCCCGGCAAGUAGUGACAUCGGUGGCCGGGCUGUCGGCUCAGGACAUCAGCAGGCCGCUCAAGAACAGCUUCAUCCACACGGGCCACGGCGACACUGACCCACACCGCAGCUGGGGCGCCCCAGACAAGAUAGACGAUUUAUACCUCGGUAACCCGAUGGAUCCUCCGGAUGUUCUUGGAAUGGACCCAAAUGCUGACCGGCCCACUAAACUCCCAAAUCGAGCCAAAAAGCUGCCACCUCCACGGCCUCCUCAGCCAGCUGUUCUGCUCAAGAAAGAGGCAUUCUAUGACUCGGUGAUGGACGACGGCGAUGACCUGAUGGUGACGAGCGUGAGGAAGCUGUCUCUGUCCAAGCCGUCGACGUACCUGGGCCUGCGCCUGCGUCCAUGGGAGAGCCAGCAGACGGACCGCCUCUGUGAGGUCUCGCUCAUCGACUUCGGCGACGAUAGCUUUAGCUCGGCCUCGCCGUCGCCUGUGGCGGAGGCCCCGGUCAAGGCGCCGCCACCGCUGCCGGCCAGUGCGCCCGUGGGCUCAAUCCUGGACACACCGGCGCUGCCACACAGCCCAGCGGCGCUCUCGCUGCCCAACCCGCUGCACCCCACGCCUGUGCUGGACUGGGACCGGCCACUGCCCCCGCUGCCCGCCUACGACGAGGUGGCGCAGGAGUAUGAGGAACCGCCGGGGAGGGUGGAGGAGGACGCCGAGGUGAGCUCCAUCAGCCAGCGCGCCGAGGAGGCUAGCCAGCUGCCCACUCCAGCCAAUGGCUCCACCAACGGAGGAUUGUCUGGCGCUGAGAAGGCGGGCGUGGAGGAUAACCUCUUCCUGACUGCCCCCCAGCCUGCGGAGGAGGCGCGCUCCCCAGCCCAGGCAGCGCAGACGGCCCAGCUCUUCCAGGAGCUGCAGCGGGAGGUGAUGGUCAAGCUGCGCGCUCCCCCUGCGGUCGGCCGCUCGCUGCCCUCCUCGCCCAUCCCCAUGGCCUUUACGCCGGCUGGCCACCGUCAGAUCAUCCUUCCCUCCUCCUACGAGGACAAGCCCCUGGUGCCGCCACGCGUCCCCAUCCCACCAAUGCGGCCGUCCAGGCGCGCCGGGGUGCCCGCCUACCGCUCCUCCAACUCGCUGGGGGACGAGAUCGACGCCAAUGACGCCGACGGUGACGCCAGCGUGGAGCGCCCACCGCGCAUCCCGCCGCGGGACCACGCGUUGUCUCAGCCCAGCUCGCGGGCGCCCAGCCCGAUGGGCUCUCUGCGCGUGGGCUCCCCCCAGCAGAGGGCCGGCCUGUGCUGUGUGGGCUCCCUGGGCACCUUCCUCUCGCCCUCGCCCUGCCUGCCCCCCUCCCCGAUCACGCCACAGCCCAAGCAGCCAGUGCUCACGCCGGCCACCCACAGCUUUGCCCGUGACCCCCAAUACACGGCCCCCGAAGUGGGCCAGGCCCAGGCCAAGAGCCCCUGCAUCCUGCCGGUGGUGUGUGACGGCACCAAGGCCAGCAGCACGCACUAUUACCUGCUGCCUGAGAGGCCGGCCUACCUUGACAAGUACGAGCGCUUCUUAAAAGACUCCGAGAGCGGCGAGGACAGGAAGACCACCAACAUGGCCACCGUCAGGCCCAUGGUGCAGCAGCAGGCCGCUACCAGGCCCAUCUACAGCUCCAGUAGCAGCAUCAGCAGCAGUGGCAUUGGUGGGAUGGGGAACCCCCACAAUCUGGCCUGGACCACCAACCAAGUUGUCAGCAGUCGAACGGAACCCACUGCACCUACCUUCAACUCUGUCAAAUAUGUCCAGGAGGCGGUGCACGGCGUAACUGUGGAGGAGUGUCAGGUGGCCCUGCAGAGGCACAGCUGGAAUGUUCCAGAGGCCAUCCGCUACCUGAAGGUGGAGCAGUUGUUCCGGCUGGGUCUGAAGGCCCGCUCCGAGUGCCAGGAGGCGCUGCAAAGGAGCAACUGGAACCUGGAGCAGGCUAGCACCCAGAUGCUCGACUCCUACGGCCCCACCAGGCAGAGGUAAUGAUGACUGGGGUUCAAAAGAGGAGGGAGCAAAGUUCUCCCAUCUGAAUCACUGGAGCAAGACUUAACUUUCUCUCCCUGCAAGAUUUUGUUUUCUCAGAGCUGUUUAUCAAGCAGUACGAGUUACAGCUAUUGUUUUUUUUUGGGGGGGGGGGGGGGGGGGGUUGCUAAGCACAGCUCAGCAAUUGCGAAUUGCUUCUGCAUAUCUGCAGAUUAUGCAUCUUGUAAUGCUUUUUCCAUGUUACUUUUUCAAAACUCAAGGAUUCUUGAAUUUAAGCUGGAAUAUUAAUCAGCAUAUCCACAAUCAUUCAGUGCAAUGCAGAAACUAAAUAGGAUAUUCUUAACAGCUCACUGUAGGCUUAUGCUCAGGCAAUGCAGACAUGCCUAUAGAUGUAUGGCAGAUCUUACUGUAGUAAUUGCAAAACUACAAAUCAUGCCCAGAGAGGCUAAAGGCACACUCUCAAAGCUUAAGAAUGCUAUAUAAUCUUUUGUCCAUUUUGCUAUUUUUUUGUCAGUGUUGGUGAUACCAAAUAUUGUUUAUUUUGUACAGUAGUUGUUAUUUGAAUCAUGUAAAAUAUUAUUUUUAUUGGUGUUUUAAAUGUGGUCUUUAUAUGUUAUUUAAGGAGCUUUCAGGGUAACGUUAGCAUAGCAGUAGGCACUAUAAGAAAAGCUGCUUUGCUGUGACACUUGUAUUCACAUCAGGGCUUUCCCAUUUGUUUUGUUAUCUGGUUCUCCCUCAGGCUAAUAGUCAUAGUUUUACCAUUAUGUAUGAACACUGUAUUGAGAGAUGAAAAGUAUAUUAAUGUGUUUAAUAUUAGUUAAAGGAAUCCUCAUUAACAAAAGAUGCCUCUGGUAUUGUUCAGUAUUUUUAUUUUGUGUUCUUUUUGGAUGCCUGGCCUCUGUUUUUUAAGUGUCAUUUGGAAUAGUAUUUAUUAAUAGCGUUACAAAAUGAAAUACCAUUAAUGUGAUUCAUUUCUCAGAAUAAGCUAAUGCCGAGUUUACUGCUAUAAUGUAGUUUGCUGUAUGUUCUGCUGCAAAGUGUUUCAGCUUUGCACGGGGUACCUUUUAUCAUCUUCCUCGUUCUGUGAACUGCUGCAUUUCCUAAGUUGUGCUUACGGGGGGCCUGCUGCGUGAGAGAUGUCUGUAAGGUGUGACAUGUUUGACCCGUCUCCUCACUCAGUCCUCACUGGCUGCUCAGAAGGUCAAGUGUGUGCCAACGACUGUAACUGUUUCAACAUAACCAUUAUGACUUUUUUUUUUUUUUUUUUUUU